AUGGAUCCUGCGGAUAGCCAUGUGUCGGAAACGUUCCUUUCCCCGCGUCCUGAAACCACUCAACAACGCCCGCAAGCUCUCGAACGUACUGCCUCCGAGGCGGAAACCCACCCCAACCGUGCACGACAACCGAAGAGUGUCAAGCGACGAGCAUCGCAAGCAUGUCAAAGCUGUCGAGCGCGCAAGGUCCGCUGCAACGUAGCCAAGCAUGGCGCGCCCUGCAUUCACUGCAGAUUGGAUGAGAUUGAGUGCAUUAUCGGCGAGAGCAAGCGCAAGAGGAAAAGGACCACAAAUGGAACAUCAUCAGGCUCUACGAGCAACAAUCUGCUGCCUUCAAGCGCACCCUAUGAGCCUUUGCCACAUCUGAGCCAGCAUGUCGUCCCACAAUCUUUGGAACAAAGGGAAACUUCUCCCAAGACCCCUCCGGCACCAUCCUAUAUCUUCUACAAUUUCCAGCCACUCGGUCAACAGACGGCGGCAUUGCCCGAGAGCAUGCCAUUCCCCCACGGCCUAGCAUCGCCGACAGCUGCGCCUCCACUGGCACUGCCAGCUUACAUCAAGCCACUCCCAGAUCGGUUCGGGCCUGACGAUAUCACAUACCUCCAAAACAAAGGGGCGCUGGCGAUUCCUGACCAAGAGCUUCGGAAUGAGCUCCUGCGAAGCUACGCCGAGUAUAUGCAUCCGUUUAUGCCGCUUCUUGAUUUCCACAAGUUUGUGCGGAUCGUCGACCAGAACGAUGGGAUGCAGUCGGUCAGUCUACUGCUGUUCCAGGCGGUCAUGUUCACUGGUAUUGCUACGGUCGACAUGCGUUUCCUCAAAGCCGCCGGGUACAGCACCCGACGCGAGGCGCGACGCGCCUUUUUCGACAAGACUCGACUGCUGUACGACCUUGACUACGAGGAUGAUUCGAUAGCGUUGAUCCAAGCGCUCCUGCUCAUGACCUACUGGCGAGAAGAUCCGAACGGCCGGAAAGAAACCCACUAUUGGAUUGGAAUCGCCGUGUCACUUGCUCAUAAGAUUGGUCUGCAGCGCAAUCCCGAGCAAUCUACAGCAUUGGAGCCCUGGCGGCAGAAGCUCUACAAGAGGAUUUGGUGGUCGGCUUAUAUGCGCGAUUCCCAGAUCGCCCUAGGCACGCGGCGAUCGACUCGCAUGACCCGCAUGAAGGAUGUGGAUUUCGACGUGCCAAUGCUGCAGUUGGCAGAUUUCGAGCUGGACACGUUACCCGAUGGCCCUUGUUGCAUCCCCGCCGACUGUAAAGUGGUGCGAGAUAUGGAGACGCAACGGCAGCUAGCGGUCAUGUGCAUCGAGAUGGCGAAGCUAAGUAUGUGCAUUAGCCAUAUCCUCUCGGUGCAGUAUGGAAUCACAAACUCCAAGGCUAGUACGUGGACGGCCACGAUGCUUUUCGCGGAGUCGCUCCAGCCUGGCGACGAUCAGAUACAAGCCAGUGCUAAAGCCUUGCAGGAAUGGAAAGGGAAACUCCCAGAAGCAGCACAGUACAUCACGCCUACCCGGCACGAUGUGGACUCGGGCAACGGGUGUCUGGUACUCAACCGCGCAUUCUUACACAUGGUCUACUAUACCGCUCUUUCGUCUCUGCACCGGUCUCAGUUGCCGCCUUGGACUGGAACGCUUCCGCGCCCGGCCCGUGCAACCGUCGUUGACGUAUCCCACGAGGCUGUUCGACUCGCUGCGACCAAGAUCACCGAGAUCGUUGGCACGCUCGACAACCUGGACUUAGUACGCUACCUCCCAUCGCCCAGCAUUACCGUACUCCUUCACGCCAUUGUCAUCCAUCUCCUCGACGUGCUGGCGCCAGAAGAGUUUCUGCGCCGCACAAGCCUACAAGACUUCUGCAAAUGUAUGCAAAUCAUGGCUGCGCUGCGUGACAUGUACGCUGCGGCAGAUUACUCGACCGCCUUUCUCCAGGCUGCGAUCCAAAGAACCGAGAUUGGCCCUGUGACGCCGCAAAAGGACGAAGACAGAGAAAACUGCACGAGUACGCAAGGUCUUACGGGCACUGGACUGCGGCUGCACCCCGCCGGUGCCGGUCCUGGUCCGGAGUCUGGCCAAUUGGCCCGGCCGCCCACCGACCAGGUCAUGGAGUUGACUGCCCAGCAGACCAACGGUCCUCUCGGUGCUCCGACGUCUGACGCCGUAGGAAUUGAUGGCAACAUAGACCGCCGCCUGGACUUUUCGCUCAUGUCUGCCAACCCUUUAUCAGACCGGCAUUUUCAGCAGCGGCAGCCCGCCAACCACGUCUCCCACUGCCCACCGGACUUGGUAUUUGAUGCAAUGGAUGUAGCAAACGACCCAUCAGCCAUGGUCCUGAAUAGCUCCAACAGCGCCACAAUGGUCGGCCACGGGAAUGAUUUCGAGCUCAAUUUCGACAGUACAACGAAUCUAGGCGCGGGGGGGAAGAUGUUCAACGUUGACGAGGGCGAUUUUGGCGCGGUCCAAGGCGACAGCGGUGGAUUCUCCCUCGAGACGGAUUGGUUGAUGGAGAUGGGUGCGGAGGGGUUGAUGUUGGGUGGGAGGUGA